AUGGGUCAAGUAAAGGUCUUGGCUGCUUUACUGAGUCUUCUUCCACAAAUCGCUCGUUCACAACCAUGCGAAACUCCAUAUCCUCCUCUUAUGCAACCUUUGCAGUCCAGACAAUUUUCUAAUAAUCUGGGUGCUGUUGCUAGCGAGAGUGAGAUAUGCAGUACCAUCGGUGUCAAUGUCUUGCGGGACGGCGGUAACGCGGCAGAUGCUAUGGUAGCGACGGUUCUUUGCGUCGGAACAAUUGGAAUGUAUCAUUCUGGUAUUGGUGGUGGUGGCUUUAUGCUCAUCCAUAAACCAAAUGAGACGGAUGGUUCAAAGGCCUACGAAUUCGUGGAUUUUCGUGAGACGGCACCUGCGGCAGCUUCGGAGAACAUGUUUAAGAAUAAUGUGAACGAGAGUAUAUCCGGCGGCAAAGCAAGCGGCGUCCCAGGAGAAUUGAGAGGCCUUCAACAUCUCCACGAGAAAUACGGCAGCCUACCCUGGUCUCAGCUCGUACAACCAGCUAUCAAAGUCGCACGCUACGGCUUCCCUGUCAACAACGACACCCUCAAAUUCAUGGGAAUGACAUACACCAAAUCCGAGAAUGAGAGUUUUCUUCUCAACGAUCCAGCGUGGGCGAUUGAUUUCGCGCCUUCUGGUAGACUUCUCAAGUUUGGCGAGAAGCUGACGCGAAAGAGAUUUGCGGAUACCUUGGAAUCAAUUGCCUCUGGAGGACCAGAUGUUUUCUAUCAAGGUGCAAUCGCCGAGGCGACGAUUCGGACUUUAAAACGCGAGAAGGGUAUCAUGACGAUGGACGAUCUCAAGAAUUAUUCUGUCGCUAUCCGUCAGCCUUCACAGAUUAAUUACCGAGGCGGAAAAGUCACCAGUGGCUCGGCUCCUUCAAGUGGUGCGGUAGUCGCGGCUGCAUUGAAUAUUCUGGACGGAUAUGACUUCCUCGGGGAUCCAAGUCGAGUCAAUGAUACGGCUUACUACACUGAUGAAGCGUUCAAGUUCAGCUAUGGCAUGCGUACUAACCUGGGUGAUCCAAGUUUUGUUGAUGGUCUGACAGAUUACCAAAAACAAAUGUACUCCAACAAGACAGCCCAGGAAGUCAGAGCGAAGCUGGAAGGCCGAGCUCUUGAUUUGAAAGAGUACGACCCCAAAGGCCUUGAGAGCUUAGAAACGCCUGGAACAUCUCACCUCGUUGCCAUGGACUCAUCUGGCCUGGCUAUAUCCCUUACUACUACCAUCAACCUCAAUUUUGGUUCCAAGGUCAUCGUUCCCGAAACAGGCAUAAUCAUGAAUAAUGAGAUGAACGAUUUCAGCAUCCCAGGAGAAUCCAACCAAUUCGGCUUCAUCCCCAGCGAAGCAAACUUUAUCCGACCCGGAAAACGUCCUCUUUCCAGUAUUAGUACCACCAUCGUUGAAGACGCAGAUGGACAAGUGUCACUUGUUACAGGAUCUGCUGGAGGUAGUCGAAUCAUCACUGCGACAGCACAGGUUGUUCUCAACGCUAUUGACAAAAACAUGACUGUCCGCGAAGCACUCGCUGCACCCAGAUUACACGACCAACUUGUCCCACGACAAGUAACUUUUGAGUACGCUUUUGAUAAUUCUACGGUUGCGUAUUUGAAGGAGGUUGGGAAUAAUGUCACUUGGGUGGCGACGCAGAGUACGGCCCAGGCUUUGAGAAGGCUGUCUAAUGGAACGUUUGAGGCUGCUGGAGAACCUCGACAAGUGAAUUCUGGAGGUUUCUCAACUUGA